AUGAGAAAAAUAUUAACUAAUAAUUUAAAUUAUUUAACUAAACAACAAAUUAAUGUUCACCAUCGAAAUUUAAAUUUUUUUCCAAUUUUUUAUUUUAAUAAAUUUAAUAAUUUAAUGAGGCCUAAAAAAUAUUUUUCUUUUAAUUUUUUAUUUAUUUGUUUAAUUUUAUUAAUAUUACCUUUUAAAUCGGUUACUAUUUUUGAUGUUCCUUGCACACAAAAGUUGAUAGGAAAUAAAUGUUUAUUUGACGAAGAAUGUUAUGGAACAAAUACAGUAUGCCGGGAUGGGCGCUGUACUUGCCCAACAAAUUUUGAAGAAUUUGAUUUGGAUGAAACAAAAACUGUUUGUAGACUUGCGCCUAGCAAAAUUGGAGAUAGCUGCCAAAGAGAUUGUAAACCUCCUUUGCUUUGUAGGGAUGGAAAAUGUGAAUGUUGGGGUGGAAGUAUAAUUAAUGGUGUUUGUACUGUCCCUUGUCCCGCUGGUCAACAACUUUAUGGUGUUGAAUGUACUAGAGUUGCUAGUUGGGGGCAAUCUUGUGAAAAAGAUAUUCAUUGUGUAGAUUCUUUUAAUUCUUGUAUAAAUGGACAAUGUCAAUGCUCGCCUGGUACACACAGAGAUUAUAAUAAAGGAAGAUGUUUUGCUGUUUGCCCUGAUGGAAAUUCGCCAAUCCAAACUUGUCGUCGUUUAUUUAUUAAUGAUGUAGAUAUGCUAGAUAAUGCAGCAACAACAGAUAGUUGUCCAGUUGGUUAUCGUUGUGUUACUUAUGGAAGUCCGUAUAUUGGGCAUUGCUGCAAAAUUUAUUGUCCUUAUGGGGAGCCUGAUUUAAAUCAAUCUUGUGAUUCUGGGACUAAUGAAGAAUUAAAGUGUCGCCCACUAACACAUUUUUGUAUGACAUUAAGUGAACCAGGUUGGAAAACCUCUAUUUGUUGUCCAAAACCUUGUAGAGACCCAACACCUGUAUAUCACAAUGGACAAUGUUUAAGUAUUGCACACAGAGAUGAUCCUUGUCAAAAUGAUUUACAAUGUGAAGGUGGAGUUACAAUGUUUUGUAAUUUUGGGCAGUGUGAAUGUAAAAUUGGAUUUCAACCGAAUAAUGAUCAUCGCUUUCCAAGUUGUGAAAAACAUUGUGAAUUAAAUGAGGUUUCAACAAUAGAUCGUUGUUUAAAACGGGCAGCAUUAGGUGAACGUUGUAUAAACAGUAAACAAUGUGGAGAUCCAGCAGCAGAAUGCCGUUUUGGUAUUUGUCAAUGUCUUUGCUCUUUUAAAGCAGCAAAUAUACUUGGAGAACAAAGAUGUUCAAAUCCUGAUGAUCCUUUAGGUUUUGGAAAUAUUUUAACGAGAGUUGAACAAAUAUUUCAAAAUAAACAAAGAGGAUUUAAUGGAAUAAAUACUUAA